AUGUCUCUCGGAAGAACCGUCAAGCUCAACACCGGUGCCUCCAUCCCCCAAUUGGGUUUUGGAACAUGGCAGGCAGAGCCUGGCCAGGUCGAGGCUGCUGUCUACGAGGCACUCAAGGCCGGCUACAAGCACAUUGACUUCGCCAAGGUCUACGGCAACCAGAAGGAGAUCUCCAACGCCUUGAAGAGGGCUUUCACCGAGCUCGGCAUCAAGCGUGAGGACCUCUUCCUCGUCUCCAAGCUCUGGAACUCCCAGCACCGCCCCGAGCACGUCGCCGCAGCCCUCGACGACUGCCUUGCUGAGCUCGGCCUCGACUACCUUGACCUUUACCUCGUGCACUUCCCCGUUGCCUUUGACGAGCGUGGCGACGUCAACCAGAACCUUUUCCCGCUACAGGACAAGUCCGACCACCCUGAUGGCGAUGUCAAGAUCCUCGAUGACAUCUCCAUCGUCGACACAUGGAAGGCCAUGACUAAGCUUCCCAAGGAGAAGGCUCGCGCCAUUGGUGUCUCUAACCACACCAAGGAGCACCUCCAGGCUCUCAUUGACGCCACUGGUGUCACGCCCGCCGCCAACCAGAUCGAGCGUCACCCGCGUCUGCUUCAACCAGAGCUGAUCAAGUUCGCCGCUGAGAAGGGCAUCCACAUCACCGAGUACUCUGCCUUUGGAAACAACAUGCUCGGCCUACCCCUCCUCGUCCAGCACGACACCGUCAAGGAAGUCGCAGCUGCCAACAAGGCCACUCCCGCCCAAGUUAUCCUUGCCUGGGCCCAGGUCGGCGGUCACUCCGUCAUCCCCAAGUCGGUCACCGCGUCGCGCAUCCAGGAGAAUUUCAGGGAAAUUGAGCUGUCCAAAGAGGACUUCGAGAAGAUCGAGGAGAUUGGCAAGAAGGAGCCGCGCCGUUUCAACAUCCCGUACGUUGCCAACAAGCCGAGGUGGCCGAUCAACAUCUUCGGUGAGCCGGAAGAGAAGGACGCGCCGCAUAAGGUCGUCGUCUAA